UGGAUUAGGUAAUAUUAGAGAGUUAUUAAUUUUAAUAGAUAUGGUAAUGAUGCCUAAUGCUCUAUAUAAUAAUGUCCUUAUUUUUAGGACAUGCGUGCUGAAACAUUUAGAAGUGAUCUUGUGAUGUGUCGCAACUGACUUUCAAAUGUUCUGGUAAAAACAGAAACAGACAGAAAGCAAAUACGGCCAAGUGUUAACAAUCUGUGGAUCUCAGGAUGUACAGAUGUUCAUUGUAGUCAUUCACUUUCUGGAGGCUUGAAACAUUCAGCGUAAAAAGUUGGGAGAAGAAUUUUGGAGGAGGCAUAGUCUCGGAGAGUGAAGCCAGUACCAGACUCUGCGAAUCUCAUUGGACAGAGGUGGCCAGAGAGGGACCCUUAGAUUCAAGCGAUAAGAAUGUGAAAAAGUAGAUUCCUUCAGUUGUAAAUGCUAAGUACUUAUUGCAGUUUUAAAUUGCUACUCUUUUAAGUUAUGUUUUAUCAAUUAUUUUUUCUUUAAAUAUGUUUGUUCUUUCUGAGUGGUUUUUGUUACAAUCCAAAGAUGACAUUUUCCCCCUGUAGCAUAACAUAUCUUUAACCGACGUGAAUCACUGGACAAAAUAUAAUGGAAUAUAUUCAUAACACCAAAGAAUGGAUUAGUAUACUACAUAGCUAGCAUAAUAGUAAAGAACCUAGUAGGGAAAAAACGAAGUUUAAUAUUACUUUGGAUAUUGCUCCCAUUGUUGAAGAUUGGGACAUAUUUAGAUGGGCUUUUGAAAUUUUAUUUCUCAACUAUAGCAUUUCCCCUUUUGUGUGUUAACUGGAUGAAUCAGUAUUGCCUCUUAGGAUUGCCUACCUGGCUUAUCUGUUUAGUUUGGCAAGUGACAACCUCCAGGCUGAUGCCACGUCAGUAUUUAGGAUAUAGUUGUAUCAUUAGAGGAAUUAAUUCUAUAUUAAACAGGGCAAGUCUGACAUCUUAACUUUUCUGUUUUAAACAAACAGAUUUAUUGGUAAGUUCCAUCAGAGUCAUUCUGUUAUGCCUCUGUCCUGUUUUUUCCUAGACUGAGACCCAGAAGGAAUUGUGGAGAACCUUUCACCAGAGCUGUCAGUUUCUUCCUCCUAUUCUUGGAGUUCUCCUUCAGAAGUGGACAGCCCUUGGCUAACCUCCCCCAGGCUUCUCUUGAAAGCAGGAUUUCGCAACCUCAGCACUCUUUUAACAUUGCUUGAGCAGGGCAAUUCCUUGUUGUGGGGUCUGUCCUGUGCAUUGUAGGAUGUUUAGUCUAUACCCACUAGAUGCUAGUAGUAUCCCCUCAGUUUUGACAAUGAAAAAUAUCCUCAGAUAUCACCAAAUGUGCCCUGAGGAGCAGAAUCAACCCUAGUUGAGAGCUAUUUUAAAGCAGUGUCUUCUAGUUGAGGGUGUGCUUCUGGUCAGCAGGGAAGAGGUUUGAAAACUUCUGCUCCUGGGACCCUGUCUCAGAGGUUCUGACAAUUCAGCAUAUCCAUGGUGUGCAUGCAUGAUACUUUGAUUUUUGUAAUGCUGCUAGUGAUCCUGCCUGUGUCCUUGCAGGUAUAAGGCAUUGUUAAGAGUCAAAGUCACUCUUUGGAACUUCCCUCUGCGGCAAAGCUCGUUUCUGCCAGAGUCGGACCUUCUUUCUGGAGGGAUUUUGCAUUGGAAGACAUGGAUCUAGCUGCCAAUGAGAUCAGCAUUUAUGACAAACUUGCAGAGACUGUUGAUUUGGUGAGACAGACGGGCCAUCAGUGUGGCAUGUCAGAGAAGGCAAUUGAAAAAUUUAUCAGACAGCUCCUGGAAAAGAAUGAACCCCAGAGGGGGCCACCCCAGUAUCCUCUCCUUCUAGUUCUGUAUAAGGUCCUCGCAGCCCUGGGAUUAAUCUUGCUCACUGCCUACUUUGUGAUUCAACCUUUCAGCCCAUUACAGCCUGAACCAGUGCUUUCUGGAGCUCACACCUGGCGCUCACUCAUCCAUCACAUCCGGCUGAUGUCCUUGCCCAUUACCAAGAAGUAUAUGCCAGAAAAUAAGGGAGUUCCUCUGCAUGGGGGUGAUGAAGACAGAUCCUUUCCAGAUUUUGACCCCUGGUGGACAAAUGACCGUGAGCAGAAUGAGUCGGACCCCAUCCCUGCCAACUGCACUGGGUGUGCCCAGAAAUUACCCCUCAAGGUAAUGCUCCUGGAAGAUGCCCCAAAGGAAUUUGAGAGACUCCAUCCUCUGGUGAUCAAGACGGAGCAGCCGCUGUUGGUUGAGGAGCUGCAGCACUUCCUGUGCCAGUACCCUGAGGCGGCAGAAGGCUUCGAGGAAGGGUAUUUCGCCAAGUGGUGGCGCUGCUUUCCUCACCGGUGGUUCCCAUUUCCGUAUCCGUGGAGAAGACCUCUGAACAGAUCACGCAUUUUACGUGAGCUCUUUCCUGUUUUCACCUACCUCCCAUUUCCAAAAGAUGCCUCCUUGCAAAAGUGCUUCCUUCUUCAACCAGAACCUAUUGUGGGGAGUAAGAUGCAUAGGAUGCACGACCUGUUUACCGUUGGCAGUGGAGAAGCCAUGCUGCAGCUCAUCCCCCCCUUCCAGUGCCGGAGACACUGCCAUUCCGUGGCAAUACCGCUAGAGCCAGGGGAUAUUGGCUAUGCAGCUGCUGCCCACUGGAAGGUCUACAUUAUAGCCAGAGGGAUCCAGCCUCUGGUCAUCUGCGAUGCAACCACCCUCUCAGAGCAAUAGGAAGCAGAACUGUAUAGAGGAGCAGCUUGGAGAACUGAGGACCAGAUUGAAAGAAGGAAAUAAUUUUUAAAACAACAAUGAAACCACUUUCCAGGGAUUGGUUACUUGGUUCCCUGUCCUGUGCAUGCAUAUGUGAGCCAGGUGUGUGCCAGAGCUGAGGGCCAGAGCCCGCCCUCCAGCUGCUUGGCCAGGACUUCGCCAGCACCUGUCUGAGGGAGACUGGGCUCCUCCAGGUCUUUUGGCCCCGCAGCCUUGAGGUCAUGCUUCUGGCAAAGACCAGGGUGGUGCCCCCUCACGUGUAUGGCAUGAUCCCCUCUGCUGCCCCCUGGCCACAGGGAAGGCAGCCAGCCAGUCUGACUUCACAGCCAUCCCUGAGCAGGUGGGCCUGCGUGUCCCAUCUUCCUGGUCACACUACCCUGUACUUUUUAAGGAAAUCCGUGGCCAAUGAAAGAAGUUGUUGCUGUUUCCCAAACAGAAUGGAAUCUAAAGCCACUGAGAAAAGAUCAGAUAACCUCAAAUUGCACUCAAGAAAUGAGCUUUCCCAGCAUCCAUGGCUCUUGGAGUAUCAGUGAUGGAGGCUGGAGUUGAUUGUAACAAAUGGUUACUAGUGAAGUAAUACUUUUCUCCUUUUUAUCUUUUGGUUCUCCCCCCACCAGCCCCAGUUCCUUCCCUUCUCCCUUGGCUGGCUGGUUUCUUGGCCCUUAGGCUCCUGGUCCCCCUCCCUUGGCUGGGCCAGAGCACUUUACUGCCGAAGCAGCAUCAUUCCUAUAACUGUUGCUUUACCAAGUGUCUUCAGAGGGGAUGAGCUAGAUGCUGGCCGGGGAGAGGGCGCCUCCCCAGGUUUGAUCUUUAGGGUCUGACUCUGAAGGGAAGAUGUUUUACAGAUGUGUGAAGCUGAUGUUGUAAUGUGGUUGGGGAAGGGACUCCAUACCCAAAGUGUUUGCUAGCUGGGUGUGCAACUAUAUGAUCCUCUGUGUUAAAAUGAUCUGUCUCUUUGUACUGGAAACAAGGUGAGGCUUUUAUUUUUUUGUUACAGUAUAAAGCUGUAUCCUUUUGAUUGGAUAAUUCAUUGUUUCCCUUGAGUGCUUUUAGUGUGUAUUAAUCAAAUGGUGUAAAUUAG